AAAAUUUCCUGUCGAAGAAAAGUUCGAAUCUGUCCAGCCAGAGCUCUUUGCAGCAGCUCGAUCGGCAAAUACUUGGUGCAAUCACUGGUUGCUUUGAUGCGUGAAAAGCGAGGAUUGAAAUUUUCUUUUUCCCCCAAGCCUCAAGCCCCUUGCUCUACUAGCCCCUAGCUCCCUUCUGCAGCUCUAGUAGCGCCAGCACCAGCAUUCGCCAGUGUAGAUAAGUUAAUUAAAGGCAAGGUGAAAUAGUGAAGGCAUUUCCUGAAGGCUAGCGGGAAUUGUAGUGAAAAGCAACAGGAAAAGCAGCCGCAAGGAAAUUACCUAUCGAGGUCAGGUCCCUCCGCAAGGGGACAGUGUAAGUGGCUGGUGAGAAAAGCAUCGGAUAUGUUCCAUCAUAGCUGGAAGAAACUUGUAUGUUCAAUCGGUGACAUGAAGCAUUAGCAUCGCUAGAAAAAGGGAGAGCGAAGAAAAAACGGCGAAAAAUCGAAGCAGCAAAAUUACCCAGCAAGCUGCAGGUGCUUCUCUAGUGGCAGCGGGACUUUGUGGUGUUACCUAGAACUAGUAGAGCAGGAAAGCAAGAGUAUGGGCGAAAAAGAAAAUUUUUCUCAUUCAGUAAACGCUUAACCAACCAACGCACCAGAAAAGGACAGUUUGCGAAUGUGUGGAAGCGAAACGGGACGCCUGCUGGCAGAGAAAAAUCGGUUUUCCAUAAUCAAAGGAAAAACUAGCAACAAGAGAGUAACGAAAGAGAGAAAAUAAAACCGCAGGAGAGCACUCCCAAUACAGAGCACAGUGGAGAGCUCCAAGCUUCCAUUCGAAAGAAACACAUACGGAAGCAUGCGGAUAAAAAGUCCUGAAAAAUUUUUGUUUUCCUUCUGCCAGCAUUCUGUGGUGGCAUUGGAAAAUUGAAGUUGGCAGACACGGACGGUGGAAAAAAAGUUGCUUCAGCAGCGCUGAGCCCAGCUUCUAAAUCCUCCCACUACGAUUUCCCGUUGGUGUAGGAAUUUAGGUGUUUUCUUUGAUACAACCAGAGUGCAAGAGUGGCAAAAGCGAAUCAUUAGUGUUUAGUGUUUGGAGUGUACGGAAAAAGGGCGAAAAAGAAAUAGAAAAAGUCCAGCAGUAAUUCGAUCUUGAAUCUAGAUACAGGAGAAGAAAAGCAUAGUGCAAUAUAAAGGAAAGAAGAAAAUCCUGCAAGAGGAAAAUUCGACACUCAGAUAACAUCAUCCUUUUAGGCGACGAGUUUCUCCUAGUGUGUGUGCGCGAGCUUGUCAAUCGUACCAGCAGCAGAGAACGAAGAGCAAAAGUUGGGAAAAUUCAGCACCACUACAAGCGGUUAGAUAGAGAGAAAAGAAAAGCGAGCUGGAGAGUGCCAUUUGGAGCCCAUCCGAGAGGCGAAAGGACGACGAAAACGCGACAUAGAUAGUGUGUGCGGAAGGUCCCCGGUGAGCGAGAGCCAGGCAGCAGAAAACGGAAUCCACGCGAGAGGAUUAUCGAUAACGGACGGAGGACGGUUCGCACACGUAUUCACUCACACAGGCAACCGUUUCGGCAGGGAGCAGAUUAGCCUGUGUGCCUGGUUUCGAGACUGCCCCAUGAACUGCAGCAGUUCGAUUCACCGUAGCUUGCCAAGGUGGAAACUCGGCAUCCAGGACUAAACCAGCAUCGGUUCAAGUUAACCAAAACAGCGUCAUCCCGUGGAAAAAUGUCCUGGUGCUAGUGAAGUUAUAAAUUGAUUUAAACGUAGACUAUUGGGACAUAAUCAAAAACAAAGACAGGUGUCCACCAUUGAUGGAAAGCUGAACGACGUUCGGUGAAAGGCUUCGAUUGAUCGCAGAAUUCCUCGUUGGAACCGUCGAAGAAUACGGCAGCCGGUGGUUACCUCAAACCACCCUGCUACUUUACUCCCAGGCUGCAGCGACCAUACAAGCGACCGGCACUAUCUCGACUGGGUCCAUCGGGAAAAAUAGCUUAGAUAACAAAAAAGCAAGAAGGAUAAAUAACUUAGAUAAAACAUAAACAAGUCUAGGUAGUAGGUUUAAACAAGAAGAACGGUGAUCACAUAAACAAAAGGAAGACAACCUUAGUCUAUCGUAGUAACUUAAAAAAGGCGAACAGAGAGAUACUUAAAAUAUUAUUUAACCCAUCACACGCAUAUUUUAGCAUUAUCUACAACACGUAGAAGUCUAUAAAUAUCCAACCGGAGUAGCAAAAUAAAACAAAAACAAACCCACAGCAAAAAUGUCUUCGCAAACAGCAAGUCAACAAUCAACCAAUGCAACACCACAGACGGGUGCGGCGGGGUCAGCAGGAGCUGGCAGUUGCGGCAAUGAUCGCAUCAUCGACAGCGUCCUGUUUCCACCGAAGCACAAGCUAACGAUGUCCGAAGUGUUCGAUUCACACACCGGCAAGCCCCGUCCGGACAUACUGAAGCAGCACUUCAUCCUGGAGGGACGAAUCGAGGAGAACGCGGCACUGCGGAUCAUCCAGGAGGGUGCGGCGAUCCUGAAGGCGGAAAGUACGAUGAUCGACAUCGAAGCGCCCGUCACGGUAUGUGGCGAUAUUCACGGACAGUUCUACGAUCUGAUGAAGCUGUUCGAGAUUGGCGGGUCGCCAGCUUCGACCAAGUAUCUGUUUCUGGGUGACUAUGUAGAUCGUGGUUAUUUCAGUAUAGAGUGCGUACUGUAUCUGUGGGCCCUGAAGCUGUGCUAUCCGACCACACUGUUCUUACUGCGAGGCAAUCACGAAUGUCGACAUCUAACGGAAUAUUUUACCUUUAAGCAGGAGUGUAAGAUUAAGUACUCGGAGCGGGUGUACGAUGCAUGUAUGGAAGCGUUCGAUUGCUUGCCCCUGGCAGCACUCAUGAAUCAGCAAUUCCUCUGUGUUCACGGUGGCCUCUCGCCGGAGAUCCAAGAGUUGGACGACAUUCGAAAGUUGGACCGAUUUAAAGAACCGCCAGCCUUCGGACCGAUGUGCGACCUGCUGUGGUCCGAUCCGCUGGAAGACUUCGGCAACGAGAAGAACUCGGACUUCUACUCGCACAAUACGGUGCGCGGUUGUUCGUACUUCUACAGCUACAAGGCCUGCUGUGACUUCCUGCAAAACAACAAACUCCUAUCGAUCAUUCGGGCCCACGAAGCGCAGGACGCUGGUUACCGCAUGUACCGGAAGAGUUCGACAACCGGUUUCCCAUCGCUUAUCACAAUCUUCUCCGCUCCUAACUACCUGGAUGUCUACAACAACAAAGCGGCCGUAUUAAAGUACGAAAACAACGUGAUGAACAUCCGGCAGUUCAAUUGUUCACCGCACCCUUACUGGCUUCCAAACUUUAUGGACGUAUUCACCUGGUCGUUGCCAUUUGUCGGUGAAAAGGUAACCGAAAUGCUGGUCAAUGUACUUAACAUCUGCUCGGAUGAUGAGCUGAUCUGCGAGGGCGACGACACGUUGGAGGAAGCGAACGCGCGCAAGGAGGUCAUCCGGAACAAGAUUCGUGCCAUCGGUAAAAUGGCCCGUGUCUUCUCCGUGCUGAGGGAAGAAUCGGAAUCGGUGCUACAGCUGAAAGGACUCACACCAACUGGCGCCUUACCUCUGGGUGCUCUAUCCGGUGGUAAGCAAUCGUUACACAACGCUCUGCAGGGCUUCUCGCCCAACCAUAAGAUCACAUCGUUCGCCGAGGCUAAGGGUCUGGACGCGAUCAAUGAACGGAUGCCGCCAAGACGGGACACGACACCAACGCCCAGCGAAGAGAAGUCCAUAUCGCUGGCGGCACCCAAAUAAUCAGCUUCCGCGGUAGUAGCAGUAGCAGGGUUGCCGUAGGGCAUCGGCAAAGGGGAUGCACGUUUAGGCAAGAAACCAGAAGGCGAGUUAGAACACAGCGUAGGACAGCGACAUCCACAACAAAUAGAAGAGGAAGAAGAAAAAAACACACAUAUACAUAUAAAGAAAUAAUAUAAUUGAAGCUACUAAAAAAACUAUUAUAAUGAAUUAUGGAAAAUAAUUAAAAAUAACUUAAGUAAAGCCACUAAUAUCUUAUAUUUGAAAAAGAAAAGAAAAACAAAAUAUCUUGAGAACAUCGCGUCCCAAGAGGAUGUCAGCAAAACGAAAAACAACUUGAUGAAGCAAAAAUGGACAAAAAAAAAGAAAAAUGCAAACACAGUAAUAUGAGUAAGAAGAAUCUUCUAAUAGCAAAACAAAAACACGAUAAAAUUGUUGCACUCACAGCCGGGGUUGAAGCCAUUUUGAAUCAUUGAAAAGUAGCGGAAAAUUUUGCCAGCAGAAUGAAAAACAAAAAACCAUAAUUUACCCACAUCCAACUUUACUUUAGUUAUCCGCGUAAUCGCCGGUGGAUGAUUGAAGGACUGUAAAUGCAAGACAUAGUCCGUCGAAUCGCCAUUCCUUCCGGUUUCCGGGCGGAACUUCGUGUUAUGCAUUUCCUGCUAAUCCCAAGCGUAAAACAUUUGAACACAACAGCAAUUGUUAAAACAGUAAAAAAAAAGAAUAGAACACACAACCAGUAUAUCAUAAUGAACAGAGAGAUUAAAAAAAGGAACAAAUCGGAAAUAUUUUAGACAGUAAAGGUUCAAGCAACAAAUGAAGGAGAAAAAUAUUCGAAUUAUUGUUGAUGUUUUCUAGCUAAACAAAGAAAUAAAACAAUUUACGAUAAGAGAAGACGUGGGCCGGUGCAAGAAACGCGGCUUUUUUAUUAUGUGGUUCGCAUAUGAAAUAACAACAAACUCCUUGGACUAACAACUUGAUCUCAGAUCCGUUUUCAAAUUCAGUUUCGCUUUGCCCCACAGACGAUUUUUGUGCUGGGCACCGUGAAAUAUGCUUCAUGCUUUGUACUUUCAAACAAAAAACUUCUCCCUCAUCCCACACCAAACCACGCGCACGUGCAAUGCUCUAAUUUCGUGUGCAAAUUCGAAUCGCACACCUGGUGCCAUUUUUUGCCCUCUUUUCUCAAAAUACAAACAAAGAAAACCCCGUUUGUUAUCGAACAACGCACAUCAGAAAAUAAAAGGGAGCCCAACUAGGGGUGAAGAAAAUAAUUUGGCGACAAAGCAACAUCUAUUUUGACGGAGAGAAAAAUUUACAAAAUAAUAGUAUAAACAACUGUCAGGUUUCUCUAUUACCGCUUGAAAUAAAUAAAAAAAACCUUUUCUACUAGAAAAUAUCGCCAAAAAUUAUAAACUAAAUCGAAAGCUUGAACUGCUUGUCUAAACGCUGUUGAAUCCUUUCAUUCCAUCACUGAAAAAAUAAAAAACAAAAUAAAGUAAAGUUACUCACUACACACACAAAAAUCAGCAAAAUUUUUCACCUUUUCAAACGUUCAAACUAUCAUAAACAUUGGAGAAGGAGAAGCAGAAAACCCAACCUCCCUAACACUAGGCAUUAGUUAGCAGAAUGUUACACAAACUGAUGAAAAUGUGCGAACCGGUUUGAAUCGAAUGAGACAAAAGGAAACGCGAACCAACCCAAAACCAGAGAAGUGCAAAGGGAAGAAGUAAAACAACAACAAAAAUCGACUAUGAUAUUUCGGUUCCUCGCUUCUGUUGUUCGUUUCACAAGGUUUUGAUUCCGAUACGAAUUUAGCUAUCGUGCGAAAUAGUUCUACGUCCCCUUUUACUGUAAGGAAGAAUAUUUCAUACACCGACACUCACACACACACACAAACACAUACACACAUCGACAUGCAAACAACACUAACACUAUCCGAACCGCGAACAACAAAACGUCGAAAAAAGAGAUAAAGUAAAAAAAGCUUAAUACUAAUUAGUAUGGAAUCAAGUCUAAGAAUAAUCUAUUUAACUGAGCUGAAAUUAAGAAAACAAUUGAAAGCGAAACGCGUAGGAAGGAAGAAACAAGCUGAAACAAGCAAGGUAAAUAAAAUGUUAAGUCGUAAGUGUAUAAUUGAUUAAUUAAUAAGUAAAAUAAUUUAACAGAAUAAAGCAGAUACGGAAAACAAGGAACAGAGCGAAAACUAGUGUCGAAUGAAAGGCGAGAAUUAAGUUCAAUGUAAUGCAAGAAAAAAAACAGCAGAGAAAUGGUAAUUAUUGUCAUAUUAUUGAAUCUAUUACGAUCAUUGACAACUGUAAGAAGAGAAAACAAAAAAAUAAGAAUCUUAUAUAGAAGCAUUGAAUUUAACAAAAACAGAAAAUCAUGCAUCUGCAAAGCAAAAAAAAAUAUGUCUACAAGAAAAAAACAAGAACAAGCAAGUAGCGACAGCAAAAACGCGCGAAAAAUUCAUUAUUUUAAACGAUUCUCUACUAAAUUGAAAUAGUAAUAACUGAAGCAGAAAAAAAGCAAACAACAGUAGUUCAUUAAGAGAGAAAUUAAACACACCUCCGUGCAAGCAAAACAAAGAAUGAUAAACUUCCCCUUUCCAUGUUAAUAUGUGCGUGCGCUUUUCUCAAUUGAAAAAAAAAAAACAAACAAAACAACAUAUUUAUAAAGAUGCAGAGAGUUUACAAACGUACUUUUUACUUAAAUCCUGGUUGGAAUUUUUAAUGUCUAAGUUUUAUCAUUAGUGUAAUACUUUUUAUUCAACCUGUUGUUAUGUUAGUAAAGAAAGAGAAAAAAACCGAAAUAUUUAUGUUUACUGCUAGUUCUUUCAUCGUACGAGAUGUGUAACCUUAACAGUAAAAUACAUUGUUAUAGUGUGUAGAAGAGAUAAAAACACACACAUUCAUACAACCGAAAAAAGUUUCAUCACUAACGACACGCUGUCAUAAUCUGGCAUUGCUAAUAACUAUAAAUUUUGUACUUUCUACCUUCUCCCAUACAUUAAACUAACAUUAAACCAAAAAAAAAACAUAAUAAGAAAAAGCAAAGCAAAAAAAAAGUCACUACAACUCUGUCAUCAAACUUCUAUUAAGAAUAAUAAUAAAAGUUAAAAUUUGUUCUUCUAUUCUAAAACAAAGCAAGCGUGUUAUCGCUUUUGUUUUAUUUAUUUACGAUUCCUUUCAAUACACCCACACACACACAUUUUCGUGCACUGUCACUCCCAAAUACACGCACACACAUCCACGCUGGCGCGGUUGUUUGUUGUUCCUGUUUUUGGUUUCUCUGUUUUCGCUUUCUUGCGUUCGUAAUAUAUCUUCAUCGCCUUUUUCGCAUAUGUGUCCACCAACAAGAAGAGGUGUGCGUGCGAGUCGUUAGCAAACAAACAAACAUUCCAAUCAGGGUUGCUGUUGCCUUCGAAUUCUGCGUCUUUAGUUACAAAUUCUUCCAGUUUUUCGUUUUUAUUUCUUAAAUAUUUUUUCUAUCGCCGCCUUGGAAUUAAGCCAUGCGCUUAAACAAUGGAGCACAGUAAAACACACACACAGAGAAUUGGGCGAUUCAAAGUACGUACGGCUGUGCUGCAGUGUUGCCAGAUGUUGUUCUAGCGCCGAUUGAAUAAGAAACAGUUUAAGGACCAACACUUGCUUGGGCAUCGAAAAAGUGACAGAAGAGAACGAAAUGAAGUAAAGAGAAGCAAAAAAAAAACACUCGAAGAAAUGACAUUCAUGUUAACUAUUUGAAAGAAUCUCUUGUGCAGUGUGUACUUUUAGGUGUAAAAUUUCUUUCAAAUAUUUUAUUGAAGCAAAUUGGAUUGAGCAAAAUUAUUCUGCUAAAUAUGUACGGUUCUAGAAGCAUAUGGGGAGGAGGGUUGAUUGAAAGAAAAAAAAAACUGCUAAUGAAACUACGAUAGUUAUUACAGAAAUUAAAUUAAUUACACUUAUAUUAGGAAGGCAAAAGAAAAAGAAAAAAACAGAAAACAAAUAAACCUUUCUAAACUUUACAAUCUAGUUAAACAAAUAUAAAAGCAACAUAAAGGGAAAAAACUUGUUGAAAAUGAUUCUAAUUCAUCUCUAGCUGUGUCUUCAUCAUCUUAUCAUUGAUAAUGACGUUAUUGAAACUGGCUUAGUUUUACCCAAAACCGAAUCAAAACAGAGAUCUAUUUUUCCAUUUUGACAGACUAGAAAAUGCUAUAACAACUGCAGACACUCACACAAAAGCAAAACACAUUCUCAAGCGAUAGGAACGGCUUUGUGAAAGCUAGGAGUAUUGCAUGAAGAGGAACCACCAUCUUGGUUCUAAAACUAAAUUGUUAACCCUAAUCAGAUAACUAAGAAUAACAAAAAACAUGGUAGACACGAGCACUAUCUGCAGUGGAUAGCAACUGUAUAAACAAAAAAGAAUCCAAACAACAAAUUAAACUUAUUGAAUAUUACGCAUAUUGUAUGUUAAAGUUUAAGUUUUAACAUAACAUAGGCUUUUGUUUGUGCAUAAAGUAUUUUACCAAUCGAAACUAAAAGCAAAUACUAACGUAUAAAUAAAUUUUCCCCUUUGUAAGAAAUCUACUUAGAGUCCCCUAAAAUCAUUCACACAAACAAAGCAAACAACAAUGUUAAGACAAAUCUUUAGCCGAACGAGAAACAAAAAAAAACGUGACGUUUGUAUAGAGGUAUAAAGCUAAGCACAGAUUAACUGAACCGUACGGUAUCAAUGUUUCAACAGUCUAAAAAUAAACGCAAAACAAAAUGGAACAGCCAUUCUCACCAAAAGGUAUUGAAUAAAGUACAUAAACAAUGCAACCAACAAAAACUCUAUCGUUUGAUAAUUUUUUAACAAAACCGAUUGCAAGUAGUAGCCCCAAAACAGUUAGUUUUUUUCCUACCGAUCAACAAAUGACAACUUGACACGCGAAUCGCAGCAAGCAGCCAAGUAAAUAAACAGAUUAAUUGUUAUCGAAUAUAUCGAAUAUAAAAAAAAUAGAAAACAGCAAACAAAUGCACCUAUCAUCUAUAAUGUUCAGUCACCACUCACAAGAACGAUGCAACACAAACCUAAAAGGUAGAUUAACCAACACUUGUCGCAACAAUUCACACUCACUCAGAAAUACACCCACGCACAGUCAAAGGAAAUACAUACUUAAGAUUUGAAGAUGAAAAAGAAAAAAAGCAUACCAAAAAACGUCGCUUACGUUUUCAACUGUCUCACUUUCUCUCUCUCUCUCUCUCUCUCUUUUUUUUUUCUCUGUUACACUAAAUCUUUCUCACUAUCUCUCGCCUAUACCACUUAUACCCACAUGCACUCAGCGAUUCUUCCGUUCCACAACUGUUGCGAAUUUGCGCGUAUUCGUAACUUCACUUACUGCACUCGUCCAGAAUACCACCAACUUUCUCAACAACUAGUUGUUACGCUUGCACGCACCAAAUCUACCUUACCUACCGCUAUAUUCUUAAUCGCAUUCUAAUCUCUUUACAUAUUUACAAACAAUCAAACGAACAAACAAACAAACAAACACACGUAUAUAUUCCCAUUCGAUACAAUACGAGUGCGGUAUUAGUGUUGGUUACGGUUAACAACCGUCAAGUAACCACGCACACUCACACAAUCCACAUAAAAAUAAACACACACACACACACACAAACACAAACACAAACACAACCUGGCACCCACUUUGUAAUCACUCUUCCAAAGUAUAUUCUUAACCGUGUAAUGCGCGUUCGAUUCACGCCACGAAUCUACACCAAAAGCUAGCAAUAUUCGCUUGAACAAAUCUUCUUUCUACUGUGCCCUUUUUUUAAGCGAAAACACUUCCUUCUUUCAUUGUACCGUUCUUAGUCGUUUCUGAACUGAAGUUAAUAACUUCGACAAAAAAAAAUAAAUUGAAAACAUACACACAAAAAAUCUCAAGUCUGUUUCAUUUCCAUUGCAUUUUCCCUCUUUCGUACGAGAACGCCACAGUAGGUGAAUAGGAGUACAUAAAAAUAUAAAUACAUAUAUAAAAUAUAGAAGUGUUCUGAUUUAAAAACUAAAACUAGUAAAACCAGAAAGAUGCCCGUUUUGUUUUCCCCUGGUUUUUUAAUGUCUUCGGUUAUGUUCCCUGUUGCAUUCGAAUUGACUUCGGAGGAAAAACCAGAAACUUAGACCUAGACAAAAGAGGUUGAAUGAAGCAGCGAAACGCCAAUGAGGGCGAUUCUCUGGUUUGAACUCCUUCACACAUUCACAGCAAAAAAAAUACAAAUGGUCAACGCAGUCCUCUCUAGUAGUAAACUAGAAGAAAUAAAAACAAAAGUGUCUCUCACUAUCUCUUUCAAACACUAACACAAAAACACACAUACACACUAUCAGUAAAAAAAAACACAGACAGUCAAACACUCACGGUCACAUGGAAAAAGAAGUAAAAAAACAAUGGAAAUUAUUAUACAUUAUAUGAAUGAAUUUUUGAUAAUCUAAUUAUAUGUAUUUUUGAAUUGUAUUUUAUCGUGGAGUAAAAAUAAUAUGUACCUAUAAUUAAAAAGAAAAAUAAAAAUCUACUAAAACAUC